UAAAAUAAAUUGAGAUAAAAUCAAAUCAAUUCAAAGUGAUAACCACAUCUGCAUCAAAUAAUCUCUUACUAUAAGAGAGUAGUUUUAGAUUGAAAUCUUUCAGUGAUUGAAGUUGUACCUUAGAAUGAUGUUCCUACGAUAGUAAAAUUGACUUUCUCGGCCGUUCGGAUUAACGGUCUAAAUCUAGACGAUAGCUUUCAUAGUGCUUUGUGCAGUGCCUUCGAAUUAAUAAUAGAAAAUUUUCAACCGCAAUCAUGAUUUUCGGCAACAUCCCGGCGCGGCUGUACGUGGGCGUGAUGAUGUUCUUCGCGGUGCUGGUGAACUACACCAUGCGCGUCAACCUCAGCGUCAACAUCGUCGCCAUGGUGCCUUCGGUUACCAACGAGACACAGACUGAGGAAGUGGAAACCCUCGGCUGGACCUCCUACCAGCGAGCAGUCGUCAUCGGCGCCUACUCGUGGGGCUACAUCGUGUCCAACAUCAUCGGGGGUGUGGUCUCGGAGAAGUGCGGGCCUCGCUGGACCGUCCUCGUCACCAUGGCAGGAAGCGUCGUGCUCACCUUUGCAAGCCCCGCUCUGGCCAGACUGAGCUACUUGGCUCUCACUAUCGCGAGGGUCACUAUGGGCUUCCUGUGUGGGUUCACAUUCCCAGCCCUGCACGUACUAAUAGCGACGUGGGCCGUCCCGAAUGAGAAGGGGAAAUUCGCGUCAUCCUUGGUCUGUGGCACCAUCGGUACAGUGGUGGCCUGGUCCAUUGGCGGCGUGGUGGUCGAGAGGUUCGGCUGGGAGUGGGGCUUCUACACCUUCGGCAUCCUGACUGCGUGCUGGUGUUUUCCCUGGCUGUACUACGUCUACAACACCCCACAGACCCACCCCAGAAUUACUCCGUCCGAGAAAGAGUUUAUCACCUCGAAUAUCAAGCAAAAUGAUCCGAAUAAGCCUAAACCCAUCCCACCAUACGGCCGUAUUCUCAUGAACAUACCUACAUGGGCACUGAUCGUGGUGCUGUUCGGAAACGGUUGGGGCAUUUACUUCAUUCAGAACGCGUCACCCAUGUUCGUUGCUAACGUUCUGAAGUACAACAUAGGGUCUACUGGGAUCCUCUCCUCUCUGAGCUACUUAGCUCGUGCGAUAUGCUCAUUUCUGUUUGGACUGCUGGCCGACUAUCUGAUAACUAAGAACAUUAUGUCGGUGAAAGUUUUGAGGAAGUCUUUCGUGAUGUUCUCUCACGUCCUGCCUGGCGUCAUGCUGCUGGCUCUGACUCUCGUGGACAGCCCUAUCUUGGCCAUUACGUUGAUGAUCGUAUCUCUGGGGUUGAACGGUGCAUUGGCGGUCACCGGCUCAGUAAAUUGUCAAGAUCUCGCACCAAACUUCGCUGGGACGAUUUACGGAAUCGGAAAUUCGAUUGGAACUACUGCGGGAAUUAUAGUGCCGCUUGUCGUGGCCUAUUUCACUGAAAGUGAUGAGACAAAUAUUGAAAACUGGAGGCCUGUAUUUUAUAUUGGAUCGGCAGUGUACAUCAUCACUGGCAUAGUCUUCAUGAUAUUCGGGUCGACGGAACUGCAAGAUUUCAACGAAAUUAUAUACUCCAAUGAUAAAGAUGUUGAGGUGACGGCGACUGAGAAUGAGAAACCAACAGUUACAAGUAGAUGAGUGAACAUUACAUGAAAUGUAUUUUUUUAUAGACUGUAACUAUUUAUUGUUAGUUAUAUUUGGUUAUAUAGCAACUUUUAAAACACAGUGAGUUAGUACAAGAAGGGUAUAUUGUCGUCAGUUGAGUGAUUUAUGUUGCGAAGAAGUUGGUUGAUGACUAAAUAAUUAUAUGAAUUUACUUAGGUAAGGUACUUAAAGGUACGUUCUAAGAAUCUUACACACGUAAGUAGGAUUUACUGAUUAAAUAUAGAAUAAGUUCGUAAAA